AUGUGUAUCUCAUCGUAUGUGUUCAUUCUCUCUCUCUCUCUCUUUUCUCAAGGUUUUCUACUCUCAGUUUCAAAAUCUCUGCAAAAGGUAGAUGAUGAAGAUAUGUUGCUAACCACAUUAAAGCUAGGAAAAAUUCUUCAAUAUGGAGAUAGAACUGCAAACAAAGGAGGUAUACCACUGCUGAAGCAUUAUAAGACUGAAGAGAACCAUGCUUUGGAUGAAGAGGAUAACAGAAACAUGGACACAGGUUCAAGACAUGAUUUCUUAAAUCAUGUUAUGCCAAUCAACUUAGGUAGAAAGCAACUACCUUAUCUUGCAGCGAAUGGAGCCAUGACUUUUCCAAGUGACAAUGAAAUUCAAAAUAUUCAAUCAAUACAGGAAAGAGAGACUGAAGACAAAGAAGAUUCAGCUAAAUUCCCUAUAGGACGAAGGGAUUUUGACAUGCUCAGAUGUAUGCUGGGAAGAGUCUAUCGACCUUGUUGGCAAGUCUGA